GUCGAUCUAGCGUGACGUCACGUUCGUCAGCCUAGUUGGGUUAGGUUUUACGCUGGAAAUUCUAACGAGACAAAUUUUUUGUUUGACGAUUGAUGUUUUCUCCGUGUCGUGUCCACCGUGGUUGAACGACGCCGUGGUGCUCGCACAGUGACGGCCAGCAGUCGCGUUCACCGAGCAAACCAUCGCGAGGGGCCCGUGCAGCUCGGCGUGUAUGAGAUUUUAAACGGAAAAUGAGUCGACAUGAAGGGGUAAGCUGUGAUUCCUGUUUGAAAGGGAAUUUUCGGGGUCGUAGAUACAAGUGCCUUGUAUGCUACGAUUAUGAUCUAUGUGCCAGCUGCUUUGAAGGAGGCGCCAGUACUACACGCCACCUCACAGAUCAUCCUAUGCAGUGCAUACUUACUAGAUCUGACUUUGAAUUAUACUAUGGUGGUGAAGGCGUGAGCGUUGAACAACCUCAGUCCUUAACUUGUCCCUACUGCACGAAAAUGGGCUUCACCGAGGCUACAUUGCAAGAACAUGUGGCUGCUGAUCAUCCUGAUACGUCAUUUGAAGUUGUUUGUCCAGUUUGUGCAGCAGUGCCAGGUGGAGACCCGAAUCACGUGACCGAUGAUUUCGCUGGCCAUCUGACAUUGGAGCAUCGCAGCGGACCAAGGGACCUGAUUUCUUUUUUAGAUGAACCAUCUGCAAGUAGACACGGCGUUAGGCGGAUACCGCAUCCGUCUAGAGCUGUUGGCGCCCCGCGCGCGCGUAGGUCCAACAUGCAUUUCAGUUCAUCUGGAGGAUUGAGUCCGAGCACUCGGGAAGGUAUAGAUCCAAUUGCGGAAUUGCUGUCCCAAUUAUCGGGCGUACGUAGAAGUGGAGGUAACAGUGGACAGAGUUCGUCGGCACCUUCGCAGUUACAGCAAUUACAGAUGCAGUUGCAGUUAGAACGACAACAAGUUCGGGCUGCUAGACAGCAGCUUGAACGAUUACCCAGGAGACAGACACAAGUGAUCGGUUCGGUGAGCGGUAGCGGAGCUGGCAGCGGUGGUAGCGGUGGUCAUUCUACUACUAUGGUGGCAUCGAAUAGUACGAGUAGUAACAAUAAUGCGACCAAUACGGCCAACCCGUCCGGUGUGUCUUCUGUUAACUCGCAGAACGUCAUGUUCCUGUUACCCAGAUGCAUUACAACCACGCUGUCUGAUUCGCAACUACAAAGUAUUGAGCGCGAGAGUGCAAACAGGAGCCUUUUUGCACGUGAACUUAUCAUUGGAACGCUUUCUGAAACAUUGUCGGAGUUGAUGCAACAGCAGUGCACUGUGCAAACGCCUGCGUCAAGUGCGACUACUGCCACGACCAGUCCUGAGACACCAAACGCCAAUACUUCCAUCGUCUCUACGAAGAAAUUAAGUUUAGCUCAGGAAGCAAAGAGGGAUCAAGCGACAAGUAAACACGUGACAUCACAAGCAUCCGCGCAACAAAAAGAAUCGCAUAUUCUGCAGGCUGCUGCCGCGACUGCUGCUGCUGCGACUGCUGCUGCUACUGGCAGUGUGAGCUCAGGUCUACAAAAUCAGGGCUUACCCCCGAAUCCUAAUAGCAUUGCGACGCAAAAUCCACCUAUAGUUCAAACAUUGAUGCAUAGCGUGUUACCUCAGCCAUUGGUAUUGCAGCAACCACUGCCGCCGCCAGUUAGGAAUACCGGUACUGGAACCAUCAGGGAACCGAUCGCGGCUUCGGCGCCGACUUACCUCAGAGGCGGGGUGGGUUCGGUCGGAGUGACAGGCUCUUCGCGUAGAAAGCCGGUUAGAGCUGUAGAUGGCAGGAAUCAAUCUACAGAACCGCCACCCCCACACUAACCCCUCCUUAGCCCGUGUACCCAUCCACCCUGAUUCCUCACACAGGACCCCUAGCACUAGUCCUAGCACUGUUUAGAACACCUCAUUAUUAUUGUUAUUAUUAUAAUAUUAUAUAUUAAUAAUUAUUCAAAACGCCUUCUCCAUUCUCUCCCCCCUUCCGCCCCCCUUUCUUCUCUACUUCCCCAUUCUCUUAUGUCCUACUACUAGUACUACUUUCCCCGAAACUUUAAUCUCGCCAUUUUUGCUGUUAUGUGACAUGGAACAAGGGCAAGGGCUGAUUCGCUGGCCGCUGUGACAUAUUUGCGAUUAUAACAUGUACAUAAUUCACUUCUUGCAGUCGUGCUCGGAAUAUAUAUAUAUAUAAUUCGGUCGCGUGUGCUGUCCUCUUGAAACGAGUCUUGCCACGUUCUUCCACGCUGACACGUGCUACCGCGAUACGGCGUUACCUCUUAUAUCCGCUGGAGAGCAGGUGUUUAAUGAAAAGUGCUGUAAAAAGAAAUCCUUAUUAUAAAGGCAUAAAACGGCAUUAGCGUUCAUUGUUCGAUUAUUGUCAAAAUAUCAAAAGACGUAACGAAGAUACGCGAGUACAUAUUGUGAUCCAGCGAAGCUGGACGAAUAUGUUAUGAGUCGUACGGACUUGUUAUCGCAAUGCAUAUUAAAUGUCGAGUCUUUAUUGAUUUACACGUAUACCGCAAAUUAUGUCGAACACUCAACUAACUAAUGCGUUGCGUACCUUUAAAUACCGAUAAAUAUGCGUCCCAUUUUGCAAAUAAAAAAAGAUACAUAAAUGCAAAAAUCGUGCCUGGGUUGGUCCGUGAUACUAACACGCUUUAAAUUAUCCCAACUUCCCGAUAACUUUGGCGCACUAAUUGUGGAAAAUGGAUUGUAGUGACAUGUGACAGAUUGUAUAAUAGCGCAGAAUGAUUGCUGCUACAUAUUUUUCAUUUACUUAGAUUAUAAAUUCCGUUAUAAUAGACACCCUCUACUGUGUAUGCUUUGCAAUCAAUAAAUCAAUGGUAUAAUGUAUGAGAAAACAAAUUAUUUAUAUGAUCUACAUGUAAACUUAUAUUAUUUUUAACUCGUUUUAAGUAGAAUCUGUUUGCUGCAGUACUUUGCACAUGUCAGAUAGAAGAUUCACGAGAAAAGAAUGGAGAGAUAUUAUUGAAAAUUAAUUUUAUGUACGAGACUAUCGCAAAUAAACGUUUAAUCGAGUCAAAUUUAAUUUAAUAAAUCAGCAUUGGCGGACCAUCCCUUGGCACUUACACAUCGCAUAUAAAUAUGAUGUCAUAAAGUGGAGAGAUUACAUUUAGCUAUAUUAGAAAUUGUUUCAACAGCAUUAUAAAUUAAUAUAUUAAAUUAUCUAAUUGGCGCUUAAACGGUAUUUAAUGUUCUACUGACAUUUAAAUACUUUAUCAAAUUAUUAUUUUUCUCAUUAUUCUUGUAUAUUAUGUAAUUGUACAUUAUGUUUUGACAGUGGAAUAAAGUUUUUUUUUUAAAUUAAUCACUCCAUUUUUAAGGCAUUGAAUGAUUGUACUAACUAUUUAAAAAAGUUUAUUUCUUUAUAUAAAAUCUUAUUUGUGUUAGAUAUAUAUAUAUAUAUACAGUUACAUGUUUGAAAAGCGUAAAAUAAAAAAUUUCCUUUAUCAAUUGGUCAUAGUAUGGAAAAUCUCCAGAUUUUCCUUUAAACUUUGUCAAAAGAGAAAAAUUCCGCAAGAGAACAUUCAAUAUUUUCAAAUAAAAAUAUGAUUACUUCUGCUAUAUAUGUAAAGCAAACAUUAAUAAUAUUAUAUCAGAGUGUGUGCACGCGAUGCAUACAAAUGAGUUUCUAAACUUUCUAUUGAGAGAAGAUUUCAAAAACAUUCGUACAUAAGAAGUUUUCUUUUCGGAUGUAACUUUACUUUCCUUUUCUUGCAUGUUUGCACAUAAAUAUAUAAUCUGUCUUGUCAUUAAUUUAAUAUUUCAUGAAAAAAAAACUUAUUAAUAUCUCAUGUAAGGAUGUAUCUGCAAGAUGAGGAUUGUAUAAACAAUCCAUGCAACAUUUUAAAAAGAAAAGUACAGAAAAGUAUACGUACAAAUAAACAUACAUACCAUGCAAAUUCAUGAGAAAAAAGAGAAGAGAAUUCAAAUAUCUAGCGUCUAAAUACGACGUAGAGAACUUAUGGAAUUCAGAACUUGGUCAUCAUAUUUUCCGUGCGUAAAAUCGAACGAGUCGAAAUCCAGCUAAAUCCAAAGAUAGAGGGAAAAAUCAUAAGGGACACAUAUUUUGAUUAUCAUUCCUUCGAUAUAUUGUUAACUGGAUGUUCUGCUAGUCAUUUUAUUUGUACUUGAUAUAUGUGUAUUUCAAGCGAGUAAUCUUUUUGGAUAGCUAUUUAUUUGAUCCUUGAUUUGCAAUCGCAAUUUAUAAAAUAGAUUCAAAAUAAAACAAAUUGGAAUGUAAUUAAUUGCCUUAACGCUAGAUGCCUGAAAGAUUAAUGAGAAGAAUUGAUCCUUGAAAUAUGGAUGUGUCUGUAAAAAUGUUCAUGCAUAAUGUUCCAACGAAGUGAAUGCUACAGUGGGCUAAUCUUAAUGAACAUGCGUAUGUAAAAUUAUCAACUUGUGAAUAUCGUACGAAUUUAUUGCACUAUCAUAUGUUUUUGAUUGGAAAUUGAUUGUUUAGAUUAAUACAUUGCGAUAAUUCACGCUUAAAUUCAAGUCUGUGUUCAGGAACGAUGCAAGACUCUAAAUUAAUAAAAAUCUAGUAUCCUGAUUUCUGUCCUCUGUCAAUAAAUCAGUUAUAAUUUUAUCACGCUUAUCAAUGGUCUUACAUUAAUUAAAAGUUGCGUUUUUUACAAAUAGAUUUAAAUUUCAAUAUUGCGAAAUUUUUUUUUAUGUUUUUUUACGAAUGGAUUUAAAUUUGAAAUAUUGCGAAAUAUUCUUUACUCGUAUUACGUUUCUCUUGUUUCCACGUUACUUUCGUAUUGUCAAACUUUUCCUGUUUUUCUUAUUCUAAGUACGAUUCGCAAUGCGACAUGUGUUAUUGUUGUUUUGUGAAAAAUUCGAUAAGUUCAAAUUUUCUCAAAUUGAAACUUAUCAUUUUUUGUGAAUUAAAUCAAUUUGUGAAUUGAAAUAAUUUGAGAAUUUAAUUCGUGAAUUUAUGUAAAUUACAUGAAUUUAAGUAUUAUAUGUAAAUUUAAGUAAAGAAGAUAAAAAAUCACUAUUUAUGCAAGUAAACAGUUUGCGCAAUUAUUACAACGAAUACACUCAGAGCAAAUUGGAAUCAGACCGAAUCAUUGCAAUUCCUAAAAAAAAAGAAACAUUUUCCUUCCUCUCUCUCUCUUUCUCUCUCUCUCUCUCUCUCUCUCUCUCUCCUCCCUCUCUCUUGUUCCUCUUUUUAUUGAACAAAGACGUCUCCCUCUGUCUAUGAAUAAUGGUUCCAUUUAUAUUAACUAUAUUUUACGUACCGUUGUUUACCACAAUAAAUUAUAUAUAUAUAUGAAGAAAAUUAUAUAUAUAUAGAUACAUAUACACAGAGCAGAUGCACGUGUUUAUAUAUACGUCGAUAGCAAUAUCACUUCCUGAAUAUGCAUCACGUAAUUAUGUUUGCACACGUGCUGAAGUAAAUUCAAAGUAAAGAUGCAGUUGUAGAUGAUAAAAAUGAUAUGUGAUGGAUUUAAACAAAAGGCAAAAAAUAUAGAGCUUAAGAGUGAGCAUUUCAGAAAAAUUAAUUCCGUUAAACCUUGGUGAUUCAUUGACGAUUGUAUUAUUGCGCUCUUAUUAUCAUACUGUUUCUUACCGUUAUAAUCGAUUAAUUAAUCUAAUUAAUCUUAAGGCUUGUAUAUUUAGAUUUGUGGCCCAAUAUUGCAGAUGGUAUCUGCAAAUGUAAUAUAUUAGAUAAUUACCAAUCAUUUUAAAACAGAGGGAGUAUUGUCAGCGUUACAACAUUGUUUUUACAUAUAAGAAUAGAAAUCAGGCGAGAUCACGCUUACGCAACGAUCUGUUUUGCAUUGUAAACGUGGAAACAAUGUUCUUACGUAACAUAUAUAUUUUUGUCACCCUUUGUUAAAAUACUUCAUUUACGUGUAACGUAUUUAUGUUACAAUAGCACAAACAUGAAAGGAAAUGAAUGAAAGAAAAUUACUGCAGUUACUUUUCUCUUCGUUUAGCUUUGUUAUUUUAAAAAUACCAUAAUAUUUUGUUCGUUUAACGACUUUGUUAAUUAGUGGAGAACGCAACGUGUUUGUACGAAAUGUCAAACAGGAAUAAUGUACAUAGGACAUAAAAACGCUUUGACACGAUCAUGUAAAAGUGAGAUGGCGAGCAUAUAUGGUCCUUAUCUAAGAAAUCACAAUAUAACACUUCAAUUUAUCAUUGUGUGACUCAUAAUCAUGUCGGUCGAAUUAUGAUUUGUUGUAAUGCGAUACCUGCAUUGUCCUUUUUUAGAGGCAGUGACGAAGAAUAAUUUCGUGAGAAAACAAAUAUCAAAUGUAACUAAAAAUUUCGAUCAUUUUUAGUUACAUUUUUAUUUUAUUCUCUUAAAAUGAUUCUUAAAAUAAUGUUCUGCUUUUAAAAACGAAGCGGAACUGAAAGGAAUAGAAUUUUGACUGGACAGACUCGUGACUAGGAACUAUUACGUAUUUUAACGCUAAUUGCUUAUAGAGAAUUCUAGUAUUCCUAAAAGAUUCAUUAAAAUUCUUACAAGAUUUUUAUUAUCUUGUAGCAGCUGUCUUGUUUUGUAUGACUGAAUAUAUAGAUGAACUAUAGAUAAUUAAUGAGUAAAUGAGAUAAAUUAUUUGAUUAGUUAGUAUCAAGUUUACUUCAGUAUGUGUCAUCUCAGGUGAUUCAAGAUUCUUAGUCACAUAGCCUGUUCCUGCUUGAUUAAAAUUUGCUCAUGAUUAGUAUUAAAUGUGCAAAUUGGUAUAAUUCCGAUGAGUUCAAUUUAUUCCGAUGCUACGUGUAUGUGAAAGGACAUCUUGUGUCUUCAAAUGUCAAGAUUCUGUUGUUCCGAAAACUUUGAGAGCGAUUUGAAAAAAUUUAAACUCAACAAAAUUAUACCAGUUUUUUAAAAUGCAUCGAAGCCGAGAAUGUUAAUGUUCAACUAAUUUCAAUAGCAAAUUUUUCUCACGAGCUGUAGUCAAAGUACAGAAAGGAAUGACGCAUGAUAAAGAAUUGUAGAAGCUAGAGAUGCUGUAUGUAAUAGAUGUAUAAACGGUAAAGAGGAGAGAGAGUGCUGACGAUGUAGUUACUGAUGCGACCCUCUAAAAAAAGAUUCUAAACGUAAGUUUGCCAUUGUUUUACUCCUUCGAAGAAUCGGGGUGCAAUGUGUGGGACCGGAGGGUAUAUUACAAAUAUGAAUAUCCUGGGCGAGUUUACGCUCAGAAAAGUCCUCCCUUAGGACAUAAAGAUAUAAGAGCAAGAAACGUGUGAAAAUGUAUGAGUCGGGAUGUUUGUUUCCCAUUUUCUUUAAUGCAAUGAUUGUUAAAUGCCUUACUUAUCUGUCCAAGUACCUAUUCAAAUGUGGGAAUCCGAAGUAAAAGCAUCACGCGCUCUAGGAUGAAACCAAUCUUUUCCUUAAUGAAUUAAAUUAUUUAUUAAUUUAGUAUUUAUUUCUUGAAUCAAACAUUUUACAGUAUUAAAUUAAUACUUUUAAAUAGAAUUAAUAUUUCUUCAAUGAUUAAACAUUGAAAGAGAAAGAGGGAGACAGUUUGUGAUUUUAUAAUAAAAAACAGUACAAUUAAAUAGAGUUGAAUAAUUACGGAUAAUAAUGCAAGAGAAGGAAAAUAACAAAAUGUCUUGUUUGUUUUAAAAUUAAGUCUAUUUGAAUUUCUUAUAUCUAUAAUUAUGAUAUUAAAAAGUGACUAAAGGAGUGUCGGAAGUCUUUCUAGAGUACGUAUUAUUGAUUUCCACAUUUUAACAGAUAUCUUGUACGGUUGAUCGAUUGAUCGAAUCGUGAAACGAGGAAAGCAGUCGGUGACUUUUGUAUUAUUCACCCAUGUGAAACUAAUUUCGAUUUAUAUAUAUAAAUCAAUAUUGUUUGUUUCUAUCCUGAUUAAUACCGCAAACAAAAUGAUGAUACUCGACAGGAUCGUUUUUAACGGCACGGUCGAGUUAAAGGCGUUAAAGAAGUAACAGCACAUCGCGAGUGAUGAUUAGAAAAGUAAAUUGGUUUCAGCACGAGAAGUCGAAAACUAUCGUAGAUGACUGUGUGUCAUUUGGUAGAUCGUUAUCUAGGCAUUCUAGUUGAAUCACACAAGGUACUUAUGCAAUAGCUGAUGUUAAUUAUAGAGUUUGCACAGUUUUCGCACUCACAUGGGAUCACUUUAACACGGCCGCGCCUAUAUUAAUACGUGAGAUUCGACUUUUGGUUGGUGACAUUAGUGAACGGAACUCUUCCUAUCUCAAUAUUAAUCAAUGCAUGUUAAUCAUUCGGCAAGAGAACGAAUAUAAAUUUAUAAUAUGUUGAAGUCUUCUUAGAAAAUAAAAUUAUAUUAAUUGUUUGAUUAAUAGAUGAAAGUAAAUUCUUAUGGCGAUCACGUUUGAGUUCGAAGUCACCAGUUAAACCGUUGAACUUUCUCGCUGUCAUAAAUAUAUAUAAUGCAUCUACGAAACUGUCCCUUCGAACUGCAACUUCCGAAAGGGAUCUCGGAGUUUCGAGCGACGUUUUGCCAAAAACUUUCCUCUAUAUGUUGAUCGAGCAUAUAAUUGCGCGUAUUGUCGCAUGAGAUUCAUCGCGAAUUUUUAUCUAAUACUAUUCGAUCGAUGACGCUACACGAAUAUAUACGAAGAAUACAUGAGCGCAAAAUGAAUGAAAGUGAGAGCGAGCGAUCGAUCGAGCGAGAGUGUGUGAGAGAGAGAGAGAAAGAGAGGGUGCGUUGAUAAUCGAAAUUGUGCGUGGUACACACGCGUUGAAGCGGGCAAUGUUUCGAGCAUUGCUGCUAAGUACUGAUAGAAAGAAAAUUCAAAUGGAGAGUCUUAUACAUAAUAAUGAUAUUGAAAUGUAAAUUGUGUUUGGUUGUAUUUUGUGUUAUAUGCCUCUGAUGCUGAAUAUAAAGGAAAUUCAAUCAAAA